GGAAGGCAAGCCAAGGCAAGGGAGAGCAGCAGGCAAGCGUCCAAAGUCUCCACAGCGCAGGCCGCGCCUUUGGUUCGGCCCUGAUGGGAAAGUACAUGAGGAAGCGCGCGGGGCGGGCGCGGGCCGCGGAGCUCGCGCAGGCGGUGGCCGGCGUCCGGACGCGGUCCGCCCGCUCCGCGGCCUCCCUCGCGAGCGCCGCGGCGGCGGCGGCGCCCAAGAGACCCAGGAAGCAGGCGGCCGCGCGCGCGGAGGUGGCGGGCGUGGGGGCGGGCCGUGGCGACGGCGGCUGCGCGGCGGCGGCGGAGGCAGCGUGCUACCUGCGGCUGCGGAGCAGGAGGCUGUUCAUGGCCGAGGCGCGGUGCCCGGCGGCGCUGCUGCGGCCUGUAGGGGCGCCCCCACGGUCUGGAGGAGCGUCGGAGGAGCCCCCCGUGGCGGCGGUCGCCGGGACCUCGUCGAGCUGCUCCAGCACGGCGUCGUCGGUGGAUGUCGUUGUCGCGGCCGCGGCUUGGGAGAGGAGCGGUGGCGGCGCAGAGGAGGUACGCGAGGACUACCGCGGCGUCGAGAGCGCUGCCAGCGACUCGGCCGGCUGCGACCGCGAGAGGAGGGUGGCGACGCCGUCGAGCCGGCCGCCGGUAGAUCUCAGCGACGAGGAGUCGGGUCAGUCUCAGCAGGCAGGACCAACGACUUGGGCCGCGCCAACCUCGGUGGCUUGCAGAGCUAGGACGGCACCGGCCGCGGAGGAGAUGGAGGAGUUCUUCGCGGCCGCGGAGAAGGCCGUGGCCGAGCGCUUCGCAGCCAAGUACAACUUCGACGUCGCCCGCGGCCUGCCGCUCGACGCCGGCGGCCGGUUCGAGUGGACCACGGUGGCCAGCGGCUGAUGCUGAUCGAUGACGUACACGCCGGCGGGAAAAGAAAAGGGAGCGUACGUAAAGCGGGGCGGGACCGCGGGAGCCGAAAAGGCGGCGGCGGGACCGGGAAGAGAUCCAUCGGACGCCGCUAGCUCCAAAGAGGAAACAGUACAGAGGACGCAGCCGAGCAGAGAAAAGACACGAGCAUUUCCGCUUGGGCACUGCUGGGCUGUGGGCAGUAGUAGCCAACUAGCGUCGGCUCCUGAAUAGGAGUCUAUCUCCAUCCGACUCCCAUUCUGUUUCUGUUUCCGGUUGGUGUCAUCGGGACAGCCGGCAUUCAAUGUACAGUACUGCUGCUGCAGCUGCGACAGUUAACCACCGCCCCAUUGUUAAAAAUUGUUUCGCUGACAGCACUCACAGGUGUGAGCUGCCGGCUAAUUUCAGCUGAUCAGUAUUCUGUGUGACAGGAAA